AUGGGCACCAUCGGCAUUCCCGUCAAGCUCAUCCACGAGGCGGUCGGCCACAUCAUCACCGUCGAGCUCAAGGGCGGAGCGUCGUAUCGCGGAACCCUCUACGAUGCCGAGGACAACUUCAACGUCUCGAUGAAGGACAUUACCGUCACCGCCAAGGACGGCAAGCAGUCGCACCUCGAGAACGUCUACAUCCGCGGCAACAUGAUCCGGUUCGUCAUCGUGCCCGACAUGCUGCAGCAGGCGCCCAUGUUCAAGCGCGUCGGUCCCAACGCCAUGAAGGGCAGGGGUAUCGGUAGCGCAAGAGGACGCGCGACCAUCAUGAGGGCCCAAGCAAGAAGGGGACGCGGAGGCCAGCGACCACAAGGCAUCCGGCGAUGA